AUGAAUUAUUAGAGGUUAGAGUAGAGGUGUUUGUUUUUAAUGUUUAUUUCGGAGUUUAUUUACAGACUAAAGAUACUGAAGAAAAAAAAUGUUAAGUAUAGGUGUAUAGUUUAUUAAAUAAAGUGCUUACCAUGGAACCAAAAAUUCACCCCAAAAGUAUGGAUAGAAUUAAAAUGAAGCGGCGAAGAAGCAGUGUUGGUAAUGAUAUUAAAUCACCUAAAAGAGAGAGUAUUUCUGCAGUUAUUAUCGAUAAUGGAGCAUAUAAUAUUAAAAUUGGAAUGUCCAAGGAUGAAGGGCCCACUAUUGUACCUAACUGUAUCAUGAAAGCGAAGUCUGAAAGAAAAAGGCUCUUUGUAGGUAACCAAAUAAACGAGUGCAGAGAUUGUUCAGGCCUAUAUUUUCUCAUGCCCUGUGAAAGAGGGUACAUAACCAAAUGGGACGUACAAAAACCAGUUUGGGACUAUAUCCUAAGUAAAAGUGUGUGCCCAGUGGAUGAUAAACCAGUGAUCAUGACACAACCACUGUUCAAUUUCAAAUCUAUUCAAGACUGUAUGGACGAAAUAUUUUUUGAAGAAUACGAAGUACCUUCUAUGUUUCGCUUAAACCCUACUGAUUUAGCUGUACUUAAAUAUAUCGAGGAAAAAAACUUGCCAGAGAAAACGGCUUGUGUUAUUGUAGACACUGGUUUUAGCUUUACUCACGUUAUCCCCUAUGUUAAUGGAAAUAAGUAUUUAAAGGGUAUCAGGAGGUUGAAUGUUGGUGGAAAACUGUUGACGAAUCAUUUAAAAGAUCUUAUAUCUUACAGACAGUAUAAUGUGAUGGAAGAAACUUACGUCAUCAAUCAAGUUAAGGAAGAUACCUGCUAUGUGGCAGAAAACGUAGUAAACGAGCUUAAACUUGCUGCUAACAAGAAAGACAGCUCUAUAGUGAAAAACUAUGUUUUGCCAGACUUUAACAACAUUAGAAGAGGUUAUAUACAAGAUCCUAAUGAUACAAAUCAAAAGGAAAAAGAGGAAAACUGCCAAAUAUUGAGGCUAAACAAUGAACGAUUUGUAGUGCCUGAAAUAUUGUUCCAUCCAUCUGAUAUUGGUAUGAAAAGUAUGGGCAUCGCAGAGGCUGUGGUGAAAUCAAUUAUGAGCUGUCCAAAAGACCAACAAGAACAGUUGGCCAAAAAUAUAGUUCUUGUAGGAGGAAAUUGUAAUUUUUCAGGUUUCAAAGAAAGAAUGUAUGCAGAAUUAAGGUCACAGUUGCCUCAAGAAUGGGAUGUAUGUGUCCACCUUCCUGAUGAUCCAAUUUCUUACAGUUGGAAAGGGGGAAGUGCUUUAUUAAAAGUCCCAAAUUUUAAAUCAUUUCUAGUUUCCAAAUCUGAAUAUGAAGAGCUUGGUUCAACCAUCAUCCAACAGAGGUUCAAUAGUUGGAUGGUAGAUAAUUCAGAGAAAGAGGAGGAGCUGAAAAAUACAGAAGAGAACUUUAGUUACCUGGAUAAAAUGAAAGGAAAAUCAAUUUUUGGGAAGCAAGAUGCAACUGAUAAUGAUUUCCAAUCAGAUAGUACUCCUAGUACCUCAGGGUUUGAAAAAAAUGACUCUAUAGCCAAUGCUGAUAAUAACGAUAAUCUCGAAGGUUCAGAACAAGCUCAAGAUGUUUCUCAAACUGCUGAAAGUGAAACUAGUAUACAAGUUGGUAGACCAAGAAAAACAGUAUUGAAAAGUCAUAGUAGUCUGAUUGAAUCUCCAGAACAAUCUGAAGAUGAAGAAAACUUGAUGGAUUCUGUUGAAUUGUUUCCAUUUGGAACAGACUCAUAUUUAUAAAAAAAAUUAAACUUUUAUAUUAAAAACUAUUUAAAUAUAGGUA